AUGAAGUUCGGAGUUGUACAAUUCGUCAUUAUCUCUCUUCUCCUAACAUCUUCUUUGUUCAUGCUCUCAACGGCUGAUACAUCAUCAUGCGGCGGAAAAUGCAAUGGGAGAUGUUCAAAGGCGGGAAGACAAGAUCGAUGUCUGGAAUAUUGCAAUAUAUGUUGCCAGAAGUGUGAUUGUGUUCCUUCGGGUACUUAUGGAAACAAAGACGAAUGCCCUUGCUACCGUGAUAUGAGGAACUCCAAAGGCACACCCAAAUGUCCUUGA